CGGCGCUAAGCGAGAGUCUUCCACAAAAGUCAUCCCACCAAUUUCGCUUUUCUUUUUUUCUUCAGCCAACAUCGACAACUCGGUUCUCAGCGGCAAACAGUCAAAAUGCCUUUCCACAAGCUCGUCAAGAACAGCGCUUACUACAGCCGCUACCAGACCAAGUACCGCCGUCGCAGAGAGGGCAAGACUGAUUACUAUGCCCGUAAGCGCCUGAUCACCCAGGCCAAGAACAAGUACAACGCGCCCAAGUACCGCCUCGUUGUCCGCUUCACCAACCGCGACAUCAUCACCCAGAUCGUCUACUCUGAGCUCUCCGGUGACAAGGUCUUCGCCAGCGCCUACUCCCACGAGCUCAAGCGCUAUGGCAUCACCAACGGUCUGACCAACUGGGCUGCCGCUUACGCCACCGGUCUCCUCCUUGCCCGCCGUACCCUCAAGAAGCUGGGCAUUGAUGAGCAGUUCACCGGUGUUGAGGAGGCUGACGGUGAGUACGCUCUCACCGAGGCCGUUGAGACCGACGAUGGUGAGCGCCGCCCCUUCAAGGCCUUCCUUGAUGUCGGUCUUGCCCGUACCUCCACUGGUGCCCGUGUCUUCGGUGCCAUGAAGGGUGCCUCCGACGGUGGUAUCCUCAUCCCCCACUCCGAGAACCGCUUCCCCGGCUUCGACAUUGAGACCGAGGAGCUCGAUGCCGAGACUCUCCGCACCUACAUCUUCGGUGGCCACGUCGCUGAGUACAUGGAGGGUCUUGCCGACGACGACGAGGAGCGUUACCGCGGCCAGUUCCACAAGUACCUUGAGAACGAGGUUGAGGCUGGUGACAUCGAGGACCUCUACACUGAGGCCCACAAGGCCAUCCGCGAGGACCCCUUCAAGAAGGAUGAGGACGAGGGCUCCAAGAAGACCAAGGAGGAGUACAAGGCUGAGAGCAAGAAGUUCCAGAAGAAGAAGCUGUCCCACGCUGAGCGCAAGGCUCGCGUUGAGCAGAAGAUCCGUGAGCUUGCUGCUUAAGUGUAAUGCUUAAAGCGAUAGUCCACCAAAAAGUUUACUUCUCAGACAAAUACUAGGGGGAAUUAGGUUCUUUCUUGCCAAACCGGCGUUUCUGGGUUUCUGUAGUUUUUCAUGAUUGUCACGACCACCUUUUGUUAUUUCAGGGUUCUUCGGAGCAGUAUUUGGGUUGAUUCCCAGGGAAUUUGAUUAAUCGUUCAAUAUGCUCCGGUGGACCGCGUUCGUAGCCGUAGUUUGAUCUGUAAAUGGCCACAGUAACACCUUCUAUCCCUCCAUAUCAACCUCCAGUUUUGUCGCUAUUCAACCACUUCACAUGGUAAGAACUGGUGUGGCCGGCCCAGAAUA